GACAAUAGGUCUAGAUAUGCGUACAAAGAAUUUGGAGAUGUCAUAACAUUUGACACGACCUAUCUUACGAAUAGGUAUGACAUGCCUUUUGCACCAUUUGUCGGGGUAAACCAUCACGGGCAAUCAUUGCUAAUGGGAUGUGGCUUAGUCUCUAAUGAAGAUACACAAACCUUUGUGUGGUUGUUUAAAGCAUGGCUUGAAUGCAUGGAUGGAAUCGCUCCAAUGGGGAUUAUUACCGACCAAGACCGUGCCAUGCAAAACGCCAUUGCAAUUGUCUUCCCAAAUUCGAAACACCGAUGGUGUUUAUGGCACAUAAUGAAAAAGGUACCCGAAAAACUCGGAGGGAAUGCACAAAAAGAUGAAAUAUUGGAUGUUAUACAUGACUGCAUUUAUGAUUCACAGUACACCCAAGAGUUUGAGGAAAAAUGGCUUGAUAUGGUUCAAAGGUUUUCACUAGAAGAGCAUGAUUGGCUUGGGGUGAUGUACAAUGAAAGAAACCGGUGGGUACCAUGUUAUUUAAAGCCAACAUUUUGGGCCGGCAUGUCCACAACUCAAAGAAGUGAGAGCAUCAACGCUUUUUUCGAUAAGUUUGUCAAUUCAAAAACCACUCUAAAACAAUUUGUUGAACAAUACGGAUGUGCUUUGCGUGAUAAGGUGGAAAAAGAAUUUCAAGCGGAUACUAACUCAUUUACCAAAAUGAUUCCAUGUGUGACUAGAUAUCCAAUGGAAAAACAAGUGCAACAAAUUUAUACCCUUUCUAAGUUUGCGGAGUUUCAAAGGGAAUUACUUGAAGGAAAGCUUUAUUGUGAUAUCCUUUUAUGUGAAGACGGUAGAAAAUACACAGUGCAGGAGCAUAUGGAUAUUAAUGGAUUUAAGAAGAAUGUGAACUUCUAUAUUGACUUUGACCCAAUUACUUGUUUUGGAAUAUGUAGUUGUCAUUUGUUUGAGUUUAGGGGAAUGAUAUGUAGACACUUGCUUGUGGUAUUUAAUCGGCUUGAUAUACACCACUUGCCCGAGGUGUACCUAAUGAGUAGAUGGAGGAAAGACAUGAAAAGAGCGUACCAACGAGUCAAAAUCAAUUACGACGGAUGGAUUACAACGGUUGAACAACAACGCUUUGACAAGUUAUGCAAGACAUUUGAGUCUGUUGCCAACAUGAUUGUGGAUGAUGAGGCGAAAUACAAUGAAGUCCUCCUUUGGUUGGAAACCCAGUU